AUGGCUCCGGACGAGGAGUUGAAGAAGAGGGUCUCCAGGAAGUUGACGAAAAGAAGGAAGGAAGGACAUCAAGUAACCAUGGAACUUCCUGAGCGCUUCCGAGACGGCGACGAUGCGGACGAGGAUUGCACUGCGCCUCAUGGAAAUGCUUACAACAUGAAUCAAUCUGUAUUUGGUAUGAUUGCUGCCGCUGGCUCAAAGGUUGAUUUCAAUGCCAGAUUCGAUGCGCAAUCUAGCGACGAAGAAGAUGAUUCAGAAAAGCCAACACGGCAGAGCUCCGAGUCGCACAUAAAUGAAAGCCGUACAGAUCCAACGACGGGGAAAGUCGAUGGACAUAGAAGGAAACUUUCCGAGAGCAAGUUGGUUCGAUCAUUUUCGCGAAUGGGUUCUAGAUCCAAGUCUAAAUCGUCAAACAUCGCUAGGGGUAGCCGUACCCCAUCACCAGUGGGUGAAUCUCCUCAAGAAACUACUACAACCGAUAUUAAAUAUCCACGACUUCAACCAAAAGACGCACCGGUUAUGAGCAGAAUGUUGGAUGCCCGAGCAGAACUAUCUUUGCGACCUAGUUUCGAUAUGCCUCGAAAAUCAAAAGACCUUACAAAACUGGAUGAAGAUGGGAAGCCAUCGCCGGAUAGUUUGGCGGAGAGGUUGAUGGAGAUUUUUAAAUUCCAGAGUCCAGAAGACGUAAUAGAGGAAUAUCCUUGCUGGCUGAUGAAGAGUGUAUUGCUACAAGGUUAUAUGUACAUUACUACCAAGCAUAUUUGUUUCUAUGCAUACUUGCCCAAGAAAUCUAAUGAAGUUGUCAAAUCAGGAUAUCUAUCAAAAUCUGGUCUACGAAAUCCAAAAUAUAAUAGAUACUGGUUCCGGUUAAAGGGCGAUGUUCUUUCGUACUACACAGAUCCAUCAGAUUUAUAUUUUCCUAGUGGUAAUAUUGAUUUGAGAUAUGGGAUCUCGGCGAUGGUGACGGAUAAAGAGAAAGGGCAAGACUCCACACAUUUCAUCGUCGAAACCCAUCAACGGAAAUUCAACUUCAAGGCGGAUAGCGCCCCGAGCGCAAAGGAAUGGGUGAAAGCCUUGCAAAAGAUCAUAUUCAGGUCUCAUAACGAUGGUGACAGUAUCAAGAUAUCACUACCCAUCGAGAAUAUCAUCGACAUUGAGGACAGUCAAAUAGUUGAUUUUGCCGAUACCUGCAAGAUACGCAUUAUUGACAAUGACGAAACCUAUGCGAUUGACGAGUAUUUCUUCUCCUUCUUUAGUUACGGCAAAGAAGCUUUGAACGUACUCAAACUCCUUGUCGAAGAUACGACCGCGAAGAAAAUCCCAGAGCAGCUAUUAUCCCCACUAUCAACUACUGAUAAUAGCCGUGGUAGCUCUAAGCGAACGUCAAUUCAAGUGGGCCAGCCUCACGUUCUCCCGCUUCAGACCAAGGCACCGGCCCUAGAAGAACAUGUCCGGGCAACUCUGUCUCCUCUACUCUCUCCGGGGUCUGACAGUCCUCGAACCAGCAAUGACAUGAGCGGCUCAAGCUCAGAUGUCUAUCGCAGAAGCGUGGACCUCAAUAAACACGGCCGACGAAGCGUCGACUUAAAUCCAUUUACUAUGGAAGGCCGUAGAAGCACUAGUGCGAAUAGUAUCAGCACUAGACGCAGCCUAAGCGCGAAUCGUUUGGAUCGAGAGAAGCGUACUUCCAAGCAAGGAUCAUCGGAUUCAUAUGUGCAUUCUCUAGAGGAACCUGGGUCAUCGGAGGCUGUACCGUCGGCAAGCGACGAAACGCAAGCGUCUGCUAGUCAGAUACUGCGAGGUAGCGAUGUAUUUUUAUCUCCCACCAUACAGCGCUCGCCUUCGGCGGUAUAUCACCGGAACAAAGACGAUUUCCAGAGUCCAGAAUCUCGUUCCCUUGCCUCUCCGAGGAAGUCAACUGACGUUUCGCCAACACGUACACAUCGGCCUCAACACGCUGCAACCACUGGCUCUAUGAAUAGCUCGAAUGCCGGCCAAGUGGAGAUUUCAUCUGGUCCUUCAUUACAAAGUAUUGUUAAGGCUGGAACAUAUCCUUUACAAAGAGCCGCAGGAUUUGCUGGCUAUCUCAAUAGACACUCGAAAAGGAUGAGCACGCUACUUGCAACUGAGUCUAUGGGUUAUGUGGAAAAGGUCUCGGGGAUGUGGAAAGGAGGCAAGAAGCACUAUGACGAGCCCCAUGGAAUGCCACGUGACAAUGAAACGUCUGGCAUUAGGGAUGAUGAUGAUAACAAAGAUGGUGCUACCCCCGCAAACCGAUUUCGGGAACACUUUGCCUUGCCUUUCGAUGAGAAGCUUCAUGCGGCAUACUUUGGUUAUUUGCAUCGAGUCCUUCCACUAUAUGGCAAAAUCUACAUUAGUGACCGAUCUUUCUGCUUCCGCAGUUUAUUACCAGGCACGCGAACUAAACUUAUCCUUCCUCUGAAAGAUAUCGAGAACGUCGAUAAAGAGAAAGGAUUCCGGUUUAAAUACUCUGGACUUGUAGUCACUAUCCGAGGACACGAAGAAAUAUUUUUCGAGUUCAAUUUAGCUGACGAUCGAGAUGACUGUGCAGUAACUCUCUUGCAGAAUGUGGAAACAACGAGGUGGAUGCAAGAAUCUGGGCUUUUGACUAUGGAUGAGAAAGAAAGCGCAGAGACGGCUAGUGCCGAGCACAAAGCACUCCAGCAGGCACGCCGCGAGCUUCAUUCCGAGCACGAUAUCAGUAUGCCCAAAGAAGUCGAUGGUGGAUCGCCGCCAAUACUAUUUGAUGACCCAAGAGCCUCGAUAUUGAACUUCAAACCUACCGAGUCUCUCCGUAUCACUUGCUUGACCAUUGGCUCUCGUGGUGAUGUUCAACCUUACAUUGCUUUAUGCAAGGGCUUGAUGGCAGAAGGUCACAAAACAAGAAUCGCCACUCACCUGGAGUUCAAAGAUUGGAUAGAGUCACAUGGUAUUGCAUUUGCGCCAGUGGAUGGUGAUCCAGCCGAAUUAAUGAGGAUUUGUGUCGAGAAUGGAAUGUUCACAUACUCAUUCUUGAGAGAAGCAUCUUCGAAAUUUCGUGGCUGGAUUGAUGAUUUGCUUAGUUCCGCGUGGAAAGCAUGCCAGGAUUCUGAUCUCCUGAUCGAAAGUCCUAGUGCGAUGGGUGGAAUCCAUAUUGCGGAAGCACUUCGGAUCCCAUACUUUCGGGCAUUCUCCAUGCCGUGGACAAGAACAAGAGCAUAUCCCCACGCAUUUGCAGUUCCCGAGCAUAAAAUGGGUGGUGCUUAUAACUACAUCACCUACGUCAUGUUCGACAAUGUCUUUUGGAAAGCCAUAUCAGGUCAGGUGAACCGUUGGAGAAAGAAGGAGCUAGGCCUACAGGCUACGAGUCUGGAGAAGAUGCAGCCUAACAAAGUUCCGUUCUUGUAUAAUUUCAGUCCUUCAGUCGUAGUACCGCCUCUUGACUACAGCGAUUGGAUCAGAGUCACAGGCUACUGGUUUUUGGAUGAGGGAUCAAAGUACACACCACCCAAGGAGCUUACUGAUUUCAUCAAAAAGGCCCGCGCAGAUGGUAAACGGCUGGUAUAUGUCGGGUUCGGAUCCAUCGUUGUUGCAGAUUCUGCAGUCUUAACUAAAACUGUCGUGGCUUCUGUUAUCAAAGCCGACGUGAGAUGUAUCUUAUCCAAAGGGUGGUCAGACCGUCUGGAUAAGAAAAGUGCCAACGAUGUGGAGGUACCUCUUCCUCCGGAGAUAUUUCAGAUCAAAUCUGCGCCACACGACUGGCUCUUCUCUCAAAUCGAUGCAGCAGCCCAUCACGGAGGCGCUGGUACGACAGGAGCUAGUUUGAGAGCUGGUAUUCCUACAAUUAUCCGGCCUUUCUUUGGUGAUCAAUAUUUUUUCGGUCAACGUGUUGAAGAUCUAGGUGUAGGUAUUCUUAUCAAAAAGAUCAACGUAACCGUCUUCUCGCGAGCUCUCUGGGAAGCUUCACAUAGCGAGAGGAUGAUUACCAAGGCCAAAGUCCUGGGAGAACAAAUCAGAAAGGAAGACGGAGUGGACACUGCGAUUCAGUGUAUAUAUCGGGACAUGGAGUACGCGAAUUCACUCAUCAAGGGCAAAGAAGGAAAGUCCGUAGAUGAUACUCUUGAAGAUUCGGAAGAAAGUUGGACUUUUAUAGGGGAUGAUAAUGAUCCGGAAUUGGUUAGGCGAAUUCAUGAUUGGGAGUCGAUGGCGCAUUCAGGUACUUUGAGCGAUAAGAAUGCGAUGGCUUGGUCGGGUUCGGAUGCUGCUUCUAGGGUGGUAUCGCCGGCUAGAAAAGCGGCUUGA